CCACUCCCGCGCAAGCUGUCCGGCCGGCGGGACGUGCUCACGUUCUUAUAUACUUCCGAAUCCUAUUAACUUUAUCCAUCAAUUAAACACCUUUCAGUUUCAACAAUUGUCCUUCGCAAAUUUUUUUGGCGUCAAAUUUAAGUACUUAAGGUUUAAAUACUGUCCGUUAUCUAUAAAUAGAAGCACCGGUAUUUAUUUACGUUCAGUUGUAACUUGACAUUCAGUGUUCAGUGCGUGUUGCCGGCGCGGCGUAAGGGUUAUUUAAAGUCCCGAUAAAAGUUACCUUUUAAAUUUAAUUCUAUGUUGGCUGUGAAUUGUGCAAAGACUAAGUAAAACUGUUUAAUUGAUUGUGAAGACUAAAAUCUCAAAAUUAUAAAAUAAUUUUAUUUUUAGAAUAAAUUUACUUAGCUACAUGAUUACAUUAUAAUAACAUCAAGUUAGUAUUAAAUUAACUAUCUAAUGAAAAGUUGCAAAAACAAUUGAAGAUUAGAUUGAGAAAAGCAGUUCAAAGACAUUUGAUGGUCUAGUCCUAAGUGUCCUAGGUUAAAAACCGACUGAAAGGAGUUAAAAGUAUCAACAAAUACACGAAGCUUUUAACAAAAGCGUAAGAUAGGAGUCGCGUCUCCGGCUGUCCGUUGUGUCCGGUCCGGACAUUGCCAAUUUAACUGAACAGGAAGAGUGAAGAUCGUCUCCGCCCCUCAUUGCAUUAGUGCUGCGACCACCAGCAAAACAAGAAACUAAACAUUGAAAAGUGACGAUCAUCACCUCGGACAGUUACUGCAACUCUCCUGGGAGUACCAGGAAGACAGAAAGAAGGAGGGAUGAGUAACGCGGGAGCGGAGGGGGUGUGCGGGUGGGGGCGCUGGCAAGCGCGGCUGGCGCUGCUGCUGGCGCUGCCUGUGCUGCUCACCGGCAUGUACUGCACCAACUACGUGUUCCUGGCCGCCGCCUCCAGCCACAGAUGCCUGGUGCCAGAAUGCGAAGGCGACCUGAACGAGACGUGGUACCACGCCGCGGGCGCCGAGUGGGGCGAGUACGCGCUGCCGCGAGACUCGUGCUCGCGCUACCAGCCGCUCGACGGCGCGUGUGCGGCCGACUCCUUCAACCGGACACCCGUCGCGUGCGAGCAGCUCGUGUACGACUCGCACAGCAGCAUCGUGGCUGAGUUCAACCUGGGCUGUCAGGAAUGGAAGCGGUCGCUGGUGGGCACCAUCCACAACGUGGGCAUGCUCAUCUCGCUGCCCAUCAUGGGCCACGUCUCCGAUCACUACGGCCGCCGCACGGCACUAAUAGUAAGCGGCGUGGGAGCCGGCAUCCUCGGGCUGUGCAAGUCUCUGGCCGGCUCUUACUACGCGUACCUGAUGUGGGAACUGCUGGAGACCAUCCUCGGUGCCAGCGUCUACCCAGCCGCGUUCGUGCUCAUGAUCGAAUGGCUGGGCGUGGAGCACCGCAUCCUGACGAGCCUGGUGCUGGGCAUCCCGCUGGCGGGCGGCGCCGCGACGCUGUCCCUGCUCGACUACCUGGCCGGGUACUGGCGCUCCUGGUGCCGCCUCGCCUACCCGCCCUCGCUGCUGCUGCUGCUCUACCCCUGGCUGCUGCCCGAGAGCGUGCGCUGGCUGGCCAUCCAGAACCGCGUGGCCGAGGCCGUGGCCGUCAUGAAGCAGGCCGCCAGGUGGAACCGCGUGCACGCCUCCGACGAGGCCUUCGAGAAGAUGCUGUGUGACCAGAAUGAGAAGGCUCCGGUGACUAAGGUCGAGGAUGAGAGCCUGUUUGCAGCUUUUAUUAAAUACGGCGCCCUCCGGCGGCGGCUGAGCGUGUGCUUCGUGUGGUGGGUGUCGGCGGUGUUCGUGUUCUACGGGCUGGCCGUUCACGUGCACGCGCUGGGCGGCUCCGCGCACGCCACCUACGCGCUGGUGGCGGCGGCCGAGCUGCCCGCGCUGCUGCUCAACACGCUGCUGCUGGACCGCGCGGGCCGCCGGCCGGUGCUGACUGCCGCCUUCCUCACCACGGCCUGUGCGCUCGUGGCGCUCUCAUGUUUGCCAGAGGGUAGCGGAUGGUGGGCCACCGCGCUGUACCUGGUGGGCAAGCUGGGCGCCACGAUGUCGCUGAACGCGCUGUACGUGUACACGGCCGAGCUGUUCCCCACGCGCGCGCGGCACCGGCUCCUCGCGGCCUGCUCCACGUGCGGCAGGCUGGGCGCCGUGCUGGCGCCGCUCGCACCCAUGCUGGCGCAGGUGAAGCCGUGGCUGCCGACGGCGAUCUUCGGCACGCUGCCGCUGCUGAGCGCGGCGCUGACGCGGCUCAUCCCCGACACGCUGCACGCGCGCCUGCCCGACUCCUUCUCCGACCUGGACCCGGCGCGCAUACGCGCUGCCGAUGUUUGAGCUCACUACAGCCAUGUGCCGACAUCUGAGCCCACUGGAACCAUGGCUGACGACGUCGGAGCUCACUCAACAGUGUUAAAUGGUCAAGAGAUACCUAUUGAUGGGUCUCAUGAUGACCGGACUUGUGAAAACCCUACGAAAACACUAUGUUGAUUGUUGAUGCAUCAACGAGGAUUUUUUGCGUGUAUUUUAAAACUAUUAGCAGAACAGUGUUAACUUGCUGACUCUUGCCAGUUGCUGGUUUGGUCAUCUGUAUUGGUACUUAUAGUGAAACUUUGAUAUUUCGAGCUUUAUGUGAAGAAUCAUACUCUAUGGAUAUCUUUAUUGUAUUAUAAUACUUUCAUAAAGUAUUGCAUAGGUACUUUCUUUGAGAUACUUUGCAUACUUUUCUUUUUAUAAUACUUUCUUUGAGAUUGAUAGGUAUAAGUUAAUAAUUGUGUAAAUAAUGAUUUAAAUUUGUAAACGGGACUUAAUUGAAUAUAUUUAAAUAAGUUUUCCUAUAUCCUAUACUUAAAUCCCGUUUGCAAUUCAAAUUUUGUAUAAGUACUAUAAUUAUGUUGUUUUAAUUAUUAUUAGCAAAGACAGAAUAGUUGUAGGUGGCUUCAAUUGUAAUUAAUUAGGUAUCCUUACAUGGAUUUUAUAGAUAAAAUGUGCGUCUUAAGAGGUUACUUUUGAAUUCCGAGCGAUAGUAAAUCUUCGGAGAAUAUGAAAAGAAAUUAAGAAUCUACUGUUAUUGACCAUUCGUUUUUAAUUUCUUACUGUAAUUUAAAUGCCUUUUAGUGGAUAUAGUAUAGAAGCGAGCCACACGAAAUAUUAUAUCGCUUGAUAGGAGUAAAACAUUCGGAGGCAAGGACUUUGAGUUAUACCUAGUGAAUGUAUGCGCAUCAACACAAAGAGAGUCCUGAACGACAGGAGAAGAGGGCGAGCACUGUACGUGUACAGCAUUUCAAUUCUCAAAAGUGGAAACUAAUACAUUCCACUAACUUGGCAGAAAUUUACUUUGGACACAAAGUACAACCUUUCUCCAAAUCUAGCAUUUAACUAGAAUAGAGAACUCUAAAGGUUGAAUUUAAUGUUGUUACUUUAGUGUGUAACAGUUGAAUGAAACUAUGAUAAAUGGUAAAACCAC